AUGCUCCUUGUUAGUCACACACCCCGGCCUGUCGAGUCCACUUGCUACCCUUAUGUUCGGUUUCUAAAUUGUCGAGGCAGUUUGCCGGAACUGCACGAGCUGGUCACAGCUGGAAUAGGCACAAAUGUACAGGUGAGCAAUUUCGACGGUGAAUUACGGGUGGAUUGGCCAGAAAAGAGAGACGAAUUCUCCGUUCAAAGUUUUCAAAUACAUAAUUCAAAUAUUCGUGGAAUAGCACCGCGAUUUUUCGCCGAAUUCAGUUCGAACAGUUUAGAAUCGUUGGUCUUGAACGCUGUGAAUGGGACGUUCGAAUUAAAUAAGCAAACUUUAGGCGGUUUGGAAAAUGUGCUCAAAUCGAUCCGGAUCAGCUCGCGAUGGUUGGGCGAUAUUAGUUAUUUCGCGGAACUGAAACAAUUGCACACAUUCUAUCUCGGUCUAACACAUCUGAACGAGGUCCCGGCGAAUUUCGGCAGCCUCAUCAAGCGUUUGGUCAAUGUGGAUUUGUCCAAGAACGAACUGACUCGACUCCCUUGGGAUGCGCUGGCCAGUCGGAUUCGUGAUUUUGAGGUACAACGUUUUCGUCUUGCUGACAACCCGUGGCAUUGUGACUGUUCACUUCGACCACUGCUCGAAGUGCCUGAUGAGUACCUGUAA